ACUCGCCACGGCUGCCUCGGUUGUAACCAUGACCGGAACCCUUCGGCCUCCUGUCGACUCACUGGCAGCGGUGCUGAACCCUGACCUAGUGCACGCCAAUUUUCUCUUCUUUAGCUCAGGUUACAAUGUUCAGAUCUUGGUCGAAGAGAAUGAACCAGAGGACGCCCUCCUCCGGCGGUUUAGGAGGGAGGUCAGUAAGGCUGGCAUCAUCCAGGAGUGCAAGAGGAGGAUGUUCUUCGAGAACAAGCAGGAGGAGCGGAAGAGAAAGAAGCGGGAAGCUUGCCGUCGGAAUCGGAGGAGGCGAUUUUCAGGACCUAGGGUUAGGCCAUCUUCAUCCCAGGAAGAAAAUAGUGUAACUAAGAAGGCCGGCGAUGACUCGGAUGAUAACUGGGAGUACUAUGAUGCCGACUUCCCUUAGGUUAACAAGAAAAUUUUGUCUGCACAUUCUUUCAGUCUGAAAUGCGAGCAUUUAAAGUUGUAUCCAUCUUCAUCAGCAACAACAACUUUAAUUUUAAUGGUAUGCAUUAGCAUUUUGGUCCCUUUCUUACCCUCUCCGAUAAUCUGAUUUUAUUUUGUACAGCCAUUUCUGAAGUUGAUAGGUAAAAUGCAAACUAUGUUUAUUGGUUAAUCUUUACUUUUUUGGGG